GAGGCCGUCAAAAUUGAAUUGCGCCAGCGCUCGAAGAGUUGGUUUACAGGGCUUGCCAAGCGGGCACGUGGAUGCAGAUGAUUUCGAACGGAGUGCGUUUUUGAGCAAUUUUGUGGAGCCGCCGCUUACCGGAAUCUGUCUGACGAUUUUGAAGGCCAAGUCGAUGCGCUAUGGACAGACGUUGCUGGUGUCACCAUGGAAAGCGCCGAAUUUCUUUUGUCCCCUCCCGGAAGAUCGAUGGAUGUAUGUGAAGAUUAUGGUAAUGGGCACACCGUUCUACGUGAACCGCGGCGUUUUGGCGAUCUACGGCUCUGAAGAAUACCUAGGCACAGAGAAUCCAGAGGAACUUGUCGCUAUUGCUACAAAUGAAUUCAUUGAGAGUUGCAAGCAAGCCACUGUGGGAGAGGUGGUGAUGUCGUUGUUCACUUGGUUGCAUCCAUUGACCCCACCGAUCUCGUCCCGUCUUCUGCGUGCCGCCCUUCUCUUUGCUCGUCAACACAAGAUGAGCGAAUCGUCGAUCGGGCGGGAUGGCGCCUUCUCAUGCUCGGGAUGGGGCCUUCUCACGCACAUGCUUACAAAGAAGCAAGCGUCCAAGCACUACCUGCGCAUCGUGGACAUGGCGGUGGACCACCAAUUGAGGAGGGCAUGUGCCCAGACGUUUCAAUCGAUAAACUUGCAAUCGAUUUUUGGACCACGACACGAGAUGCACGAUUUGGCUGAACAGGAGCUCCACAUUGAGCAACAACAAGAGGUGACGGUUGAGGGGAAGGAUUCGGUAAAAAUU